CCAACCUAUAUAUCUGCAUACACGCACAUAACAUAUACCUUUUUGAAUUAUUGAGAACUAGAUUCCUUCAUGACUAAAGAUUAUCGUUAUGUGGGCCACCGGGCUGCGCAUGCCAUUAUAGCCGAGAUUGGACCUUACCGUGUAUCAUCGGAUGCACUACAGGCCAUCAACCAGUUCAUUGACGAACUUGUUCUUCAACUUCUCUCUACUUCUCUUUCACUCGACCUAUCCAGAAUUAAGCUCGCCUUGUUCUCUAUUAUACCAUCUUCUCUCGGAAAAAAUGCGAUUGUGGAAGCCGAAUUAGAAGUCAAGACAUUUACUGAAACUGAACCAAUUGAUUAUGAAGCAUAUGAGCGAAUGAGACUCUUGGGCGUCGAUAGUCCUUUCCCAAUGGACCGCAUCAUUCCUCUUGUUCGUUAUAGCUGCUUAGAUUACUGCACAUUAGCCGAUAAAGAUGAAGACGAAAACGAAAAGUCGAAUUCUCAGCCCAAAGACGACAUCAUCUCCCCCAUCUUGGUGAUCUAUCUUACGACUAUAAUUGAACAUGUAGCCGAGUAUCUAUUAACCACAAUUGGACGUAUGGCCGAAAAUCAGGCAACGGAUAAUAUUAGAGUAAAGGAAGUGUUUUGGGCUUUAUCGGAUGAUAGCCAAGUAGGCGAAUUAUUUCAUCGAUUUGCCUUGCGCGAACAUUUAGAGAGUUGAAUGACCUGAUAUAUUUAAACGCAUCUACACACCAAAUACAUAUUCAUAUGCGCUUGUAUGUUUCAUAA